GCUUGCUCUAUACUAAUAAUUGCUUCUCUCUCGUUGAGCUGAGCUCUCGAGGAGGAGUUGAGGAUUCUGAAUACUAAAAUAAAUAAAAAAAUGGCGAGGCAGGGGAGUCGUCGUCGUCGCAGCAGUACUUAACUAGUCGAGCACAGGGCACCCAACAGACUGAGUAGCUGUGACACACAGAGAGAGAGAGAGAGAGAGAGAGAGAGAGCGCGCGCUUCCCUUGGCUCCCGGGAUUCCCUUGCCAUGCCAUUGCCAUGUGAUGCUCCUCCUUCCCCUGCAUAUUAUUAGCAGCACCAGCAGCAGCAGCGCGUAGCAAUUAAGAGAACCACCAGCAGCAGCAGGCCAGUUGCAGCUCGCCACCUUCCUCCCUGCUUCUUCUUCUUCUCCGGUUUCUUCUUGCCUUGACCAAUCAAGAAGAGAGAGCAGAAGGAUGGGGACGGGGUGGCGGAGGGCGCUGUGCACGUCCGUCCAGCGGGACGACGGCGGCGACGGCCACCGCGACACCAAGAACAAGAAGCGCCGCCCGCAAGACACGCCCACCGCUGGCGCCGGCGGCGGAUUCUUCUCCGCCGUCAAGAGCGCCGCCACCGGGGGCGGCAGCAGCAGCAACCCCUCGACGCCGACCCUGCGCUGCCGGACCAAGCCCCUGCAGCAGCCGGCGGAGCCCGCGUCCGUGACGCCGCCCUCCGCGCCGGCGCCCAUGGGGAAGCACCGGAUGCCGCUGCUGCAGGCGCUGUCGGCGCCGGCAUCGCCCAGAUCCCCCUCCAGAUUCGCGCUGCUCAAGGCCUCGCUCCUCCCGUCCAAGGCCCGUUGCGGCGUGUGCUCGCGCGGCGUCAAGAGCGGCGGCAGCUCCGCGGUGUUCACGGCGGAGUGCUCCCACGCCUUCCACUUCCCCUGCAUCGCCGCCCACGCGCGCUCCUCCUCCGCCAAUGGUGUCCUCUCCUGCCCCGUCUGCGCCUCGCCGUGGCGCCAGGCGCCCUUCCUCGCCUCCCUCCGCCUCCACUGCUCCUUCCACGACGACAAGCACCGCGGCACGGACGGCCGCAAGACGCCGCCAUCCUCCGGCGGCGGCGCCGGACCCAAGCUCUACGACGACGACGAGCCGCUGCUGGCGCCCAAGGCCGCGGCCAACGGCGGAGGCUUCAACCCGAUCCCGGAGGCCGACGAGGACGACGAGGAGCAGGGCGCCGAGUUCAGGGGCUUCUUCCCGCGCCCGAGGACCUCGGGGCUCGCGGUCACCGUGGCGCCCGAGGCCGCGCUCGUGUCGUCGGGCCGGCGGCACGGCAAGUACGUGGUGGCCGUCAAGGUGAAGGCGCCCGGGCUGCGGUCGUCAUCGGCGGCCCCGCGGCGCGCGCCCAUCGACCUGGUGAUGGUGCUGGACGUGAGCCAGGGCAUGAUGGGGGAGAAGCUGCAGAUGCUCAAGCGCGGGAUGCGGCUCGUGGUCGCCUCGCUCGGCCCCGCCGACCGCCUCUCCAUCAUCGCCUUCUCCGGCGCCGCCAAGCGCCUGCUGCCGCUGCGCCGGAUGACGAGGCAGGGCCAGCGGUCGGCGCGCCAGAUCGUGGACCGCCUCGUCGUCUGCGCCGCCGCCGCAAGCACGCAGGGGCAGGAGCAGGGGCAGCAGCAGAGCGCCUGCGUCGGGGACGCGCUGCGCAAGGCCACCAAGGUGCUCGAGGACCGGCGCGACCGCAACCCGGUGGCCACCGUCAUGCUGCUGUCCGACACCCAGCAGCAGCAGCAGCAGCAGCCGGAUUACUCGGCAAGGAACAAGUUUGGUCGGCCGGCCGUGGCUCCGGCUACGCGGUUCACGCACGUGGAGAUCCCCAUCGGCGGCCCUGGUGACGCGCCGCCGCCCCUGGUGGUGGCGGAGGAGGAGAAGGAAGACGAGAAACAGGAGCCUCCGGUGGAGCACGCGUUUGCCAAGUGCCUUGGCGGGCUGGUGAGCGUGGUGAUGCAGGAGGUGCACCUGGAGCUGGUGUUCCCGACGGGGGAGAUCACGGCGGUGUACUCGUGCGGCCCCGGGCAGCAGGCCGUGGCGCUUGCCGGCGGCGGCGUCACGGGCGGCGGCGGCGUGAGCGUGCGCCUGGGCGAGAUGUACGCGGAGGAGGAGCGGGAGCUGCUGGUGGAGGUGCGCGCGCCGCUGCAGCACAGCCACCCGCACUCGCUAUCGGUGCGGUGCGGCUACCGCGACCCGGCGUCGCAGGAGACGGUGCGCGGCGCGGAGCAGCCGCUGCUGCUGCCGCCGCUGGGCCAGCACCAGCAGGCGUCGUCGCGGCGGCUGCACGACCUGUUCGUGGCGACGCGGGCGGUGGCGGAGUCGCGGCGGCUGGCGGAGCUGCAGGACCUGGCGACGGCGAUCCACCUGCUGUCGUCGGCGCGGGCGCUGGUGCUGCAGUCGCCGCCGACGCAGCAGCAGCAGGAGCUGGUGGGCAGCCUAGACACGGAGCUGAGCGACAUGCGGUGGCGGCGCAGCCAGCACCGGCAGCAAGAGGAGGAGCAGCAGCAGCAGGGGCCGCUGACGCCGACGUCGAGGAGCGGCCGGAGGAGUCGGGGGGACGGGGAGACGACGCCGCCCGUGGGGACGCCGCGAGGGUCAAGGUCAGGAUCAGGGGAGCCGCUGACACCGACGUCGGCGUGGCGCGCGGCGGAGCAGCUGGCGAAGGUGGCCAUCAUGCGCAAGUCCAUGAACCGGGUGAGCGACCUGCACGGGUUCGAGAACGCGCGCUUCUGAUGGUGUCUGUAAAAUUGGGUGUUUUGAUUUGGUUUAGCCUUUUUGGAUGUUCUUUUUUUUUGUUUUUUGCCUUUGUGAAAUGAGAUGAGAAUGGAACAGGAGCAGAGGAGCCCGCCGCCGCCGGAGUGUGGCGGACGGCGGCUAGUAGAUGAUGAACAGAGCAGUCAGUCAGCCAGCAGAGCUGCUGCUGCUGUUGUUAAUUUGUUAUUACCCCACUUUUAUAUGGAUUAUUAUGAUGACGGUAGAUCAAGUCACAUACUA